GCAAACAUCCAAUACGACAGUCAGCUCGACGACAGUAACGAGGUGACAUUGAUAACGUUGUGUUCUGGGUUCUGGUAUUUCUAAUUUCUCAAGAAUGAAAAUAUGAUAAUCGCAGUGAUUUUGAGUGACAUUAAAGGAUUGAAUUAAGGCUCAUCUAGUGAAAGACUGAUAGCAACAAGGAACAAGUGAACUCUGAAGGAUAACAAAACGAGAAGAGAACACACAUAUCAUAGGUUAGAUUGUCCUAAUUUCUCUUCCCAGCAGACUGUAUCAAAAAACUUUAAAAAACCAACAAAUGGAACGACGACACCAUCACCAAGUGAAUUUUCCCGUGUGAAAGUCCAUCAAAUGAUCAAAUAAUCAUCAAAUAAAGCCCACAAAUACUCAUUAAACGUAUAUACAUACGGACACAUCACCCCCAAAAUUUCUAGACAUGAGUAGAAAUUCAUCAGACAAGGGCCCAGUGCCUCCACGCUGGCUACACUGUCCUCGCAAGUCGAAUCGUGUGAUAGCCGAUAAAUUUUUAGCUUUCAAAACCCCAUUAUCCUCUGACUACGAUUCACAAGUACCCGAAAAGCAUCGCUUUCCCGUUGGUUUUGUCUUUGAGUCUUUAAAAAGCCAGAGAAAGAAGAUGGGAUUGUGGAUAGAUCUGACAAAUACAACUCGCUUCUACGACAAGAAAGACAUCGAGGCUUAUGGCUGUUGUUAUCUGAAACUUGCCUGCAGGGGUCACGGUGAAACACCGUCCCAGGAGCAGGCAGAAACAUUCACUAGAAUCUGUAAAUCGUUCAUAGCACAACAUCCCCUAGACAUUAUCGGUGUUCACUGCACCCAUGGCUUCAACAGAACAGGCUUCCUCAUCAUCAGUUACCUAGUGGAGACUGAGUACAGUGAUGUCGAGGGAGCACUCAGUCACUUCGCCAUUGCCAGAUCUCCUGGAAUUUACAAGGGUGAUUACAUUCGUGAGCUGUUCAAACGUUACGCGGAUGUUGAUGAUGCCCCACCACCACCUGCACGACCCGUGUGGUGUCUUGAGUACGACGAUUCCAAUAUUGAGGACAGCGAUGAGGCGUCCGAGUCAGGAAGUAGUGGACAAGCUAAUGGGAAACGCAGGCGAGAGUUCAAUCCGAAAAAUCCAGUGUUUAUGGCUGGUGUACCAGGUGUUGAAGUUGUCAAAGAUUCUCGUAAAUUCGCUGCAAUUCAGGCAAGAGUGCAGCAGAUGUGCGGCUGGGAAACCGGGGGCUUUCCUGGAUCCCAACCUGUGUCUAUGGAUAAAAAUAACCUCAGGCUUCUUCAGGAAAAACCCUACAGAGUCUCCUGGAAAGCCGAUGGGACCAGGUAUAUGCUGUUAAUUCAAGGAGACGGAGAAUUGUUCUUCAUUGAUAGAAACAACAGCGUUUUCGAGAUCAAAGGACUGUCGUUUCCACAUCCGAGGGAUAUCAGCAGGUUGCUGAGAGACACGCUAUUGGACGGGGAAAUGGUUAUUGAUAAGGAUAAUGGUAUAGAAUAUCCUCGGUAUCUAGCCUAUGACGUAAUAAUGUACGAUGGCAGAGACGUAUCAAAACAUUCCUUUUACCCCGAUCGUUACACAAUUAUUGAGAAGGACAUCAUGGGCGGCAGGCACAGGGCCAUGAAGGAAGGAAGAUUACAACGAGAACGAGAGCCAAUAUCAAUAAGAUUGAAACAAUUUUGGGAUGUAACAACAGCCAGGAGUCUACUCGGUGAAAAAUUCGCCAAAAUGUUGAGUCACGAGCCAGAUGGACUUAUAUUUCAACCAGCGAAGGAACCUUACAAUCCAGGGCCUGCCCUUGAUGUUUUGAAAUGGAAACCAUUGUCCAUGAAUUCCGUGGAUUUCAAACUCAAAAUUAUCACUGAGUCAGGAACUGGAAUUGUGCCCAGAAAAAUUGGACAGCUAUUCGUGGGAGGUCUCGAUAGACCCUUUGCUUUCAUCACGAAAAUCAAGGGAUGCAAAGAAUUAAAUGACAAAAUUAUCGAGUGUAAAUUCGAGGAGGGAAAAUGGAUAUUCAUGAGAGAAAGAACGGACAAAUCUUUUCCUAACUCUUUCAACACUGCUCAAGGCGUUUGCACCAGCAUUAAGGAUCCAGUAACCAAGGACAUUCUUCUGGAAUUCAUUGACAAGCAGAGAUUCAUCGAUGAUGCCGACCUCAUGCCUCCACCGGCGAAAAGGAGGAGGUGACAGGCUCCGGCUGAUAAUUGCCAAUCAAAAUUGUACAUGCAAUCAUCAUAGAAUUACAUAACUAUUAAUAGAAUUAUACUACUUAUGUUUAUUUGUGUAUUAGACAUGAGGGUGUUAUUCGAGUUGGCUUACGUUCUCGAAAAAUUGUGUUUUUAAUUUUUUGAACUGAGAUUAUGUAUUGGGGUGAAUUGAAUGCUUAUUCAUAAGAGAAAUAAAGGCGUUUGUAUUAGAAACUCA